UGGAAGGAUGAAGAAAAAAAGGAAGCAGAAAAUGAUGCGCUGGGAAACAUUUAAUUUUCGCUGGCCCGCGGUCGGAUCGGAGGAACGUGCAGCCGGGUGUGGUUGGAUUGGAUUGUUACUUAGCUUCGGAGCUCUGCGGCGGAAUUAUUAUUGAUUUCCGUUGCGAUUGUUCAACUCUCUGGUUUACAGGGCCUGGAUAUAAUUUCUGUUUCUGUAUCUCGUUUCAAUUAGUCGGUGUUCAAUUGAUCAGAGGAUCAAGGAUUCACUCAUUUUUCUAGUCGCAAUGCUGCUGAGCAGCGUGGGACGAAGCUCCCUCCGUCUCCGCGCAGCUCCCCGCGAGAGCUACAUCGAGAUAUCAAACUACAUCCGUGGCAGACGAACUGGUCUGGUUUCAGCAGUGCGGAACAGACCGCAGCAGUUGCGACAAUUCUAUGUGCGACAGUGUCUAUAUGAUCAGCCGCAUAUAGAAUCGUCGAGACAGCCGUUUUUGGAACAAUACAAGAACGCGGUUGAAUUUCCACGCGCCACUUAUAAUUUCCAAACAUUCCUGUCUGAAGCCUCUCCAGGGCAAGAAGUAGUCCUCCAUGGCUACCUUGGAAACAGAGUCGACUUGUCGAAGAAGCUCUCCUUCGUCCGGUUGACGGACCCUACCAUGAAACAGAAUAUCCAAAUCGUCGCGUCGGCGAAAAGUGGAGCAUUUGAGAAACUCAGGUCAAUUGCGAUGAAUAGUCCUGUUGCUGUGCGAGGAAUUGUCCAGCAGAAGAAAGGAAGCAAGUCUGAGAGAGACUCGCCGGAUACGGAGAAGAUUGAGGCAUGGGAAAUCAAUCUGGAGGAGAUACACGCGCUGAAUGACUUCCCAAAGGACAUUAUCAUGACGUCCGAAACGGUGUUUCCGCCGGAGCAGCGGUAUCUGCAACUACGAACGGACGGUGACUUGAGGGAGGCUCUUCGAUUCCGAGCACAGGUGCGGAAUAUCUGCAAAGAGGAACUGGACCAGUGUCAACCUCCGUUUGUGGAGAUUGAGACUCCCUUGCUAUUUAAGUCUACUCCGGAGGGCGCUCGUGAGUUCCUGGUCCCGACUCGGAGACGGGGUAUGGCGUAUGCGCUUCCGCAAAGUCCCCAGCAGUAUAAGCAGAUCCUCAUGGCUAGUGGGAUUCCACGAUACUACCAGUUUGCGCGCUGUUUUAGAGAUGAGGACCUGCGAGCUGACAGACAGCCUGAGUUCACGCAGCUCGAUUUGGAAAUGUCGUUUGCGACGGGAGAGGAUGUAAUGACAGUUAUUGAAGGAGUCAUUCGCAAACUGUGGUCGACUUUGAUGAAGGACCCUGUCCCGUCUGGCCCCUUCAGACGAAUGCCGUAUCAAGAAGCCAUGCGCCGUUACGGUUCAGACAAGCCCGACACCAGAAUCGGAAUGGAGAUUGCGCCGAUCGACUACCUUCUACCUGUUGAUCUGGUAAGCAAGAUCACGCCGCUUGUUGAUCCCAUCGUGGAGGUCUUUAAGUUCGAAGGAAACGACAACGACCCCAAAGAGACGCACCGGUUCAUUACAGAGUUCCUAGACUCCCCAGCAGGAGCACCCUUCAAUGAUAAUCCUGAAGGUGGACCGGGUAUUUUCAUCUAUGACGCCAAGAAGCCACUAUGCGGACUGCAGCCUUUCGGCUUCGAAGCUGCGGAGAGAAUUGAGGAAAUGCUCGAGCCUGACCACGGCGAUCUCAUCGUCCUGCAGGCUCGAAAACGAGCCCCAUUCUCUGGAGGCUCAACGCCUAUAGGUGAUCUUCGUCGGGCUCUGUACACUGCUUCUGUGAAGAAAGGCUUCAAACCAGCAGUACAAGGCUUUGACUUCUUCUGGGUUGUUGACUUCCCUCUCUUUUCGCCCUCGACAGAUGCAGAACCUGGCCAGGGAGGUGCUGCUGGAAUCUCAUCUACGCAUCAUCCUUUUACGGCCCCCAAGACCGCCGCGGAUGUAGACAUGCUCCUCACGGAUCCGACCCAGGUCGUCGCAGACCACUAUGAUCUCGUCGUCAACGGCGUCGAACUUGGCGGUGGGAGCCGUCGUAUCCACGACGCCAAGGUCCAGGAGUUUAUCCUCCGAGAUAUCCUGAAGAUGCCCGCGGAACGACUGGCUGACUUCUCCCACCUUCUGGAGGCUUUGCGAGCAGGAUGUCCUCCCCACGCCGGUAUCGCACUGGGCUUCGAUCGUCUCGUCGCCGUUAUGCUGGGCAAGGACUCGGUGCGAGACGUCAUUGCAUUCCCUAAGACCGGCAAAGGUGAAGAUCCCAUGGUCAAGGCACCGACUCCCAUGACGGAGGAAUCCCUUGAGACCUACCAUCUCCGACUCCGGGAUGAGUAAAAACGGCAAGAAACGACUUCUGCCUGUAUUAUUGCCAUGAUACCCAACUCUCUUCUCAUGUUCUCCAUGUCUGUAUGUCGCCAUGGAAAAGGUUUCUUCGGGAGAAAUUGUAAUUGUAUGUAUAUAGACACUGCUACUGAAAAUAU